GGAGGGUUGACGGAUCGAAUCCAUCAUAGUCAUGCGCUGUGGUGUCCGCAAGGAUGCUCGAACAAAGCAGACGGUUAAUUACCACGUGGCUCCGCGAUCGGGUCGCGCACUAGGCUAGCGUACACUGGCUGCAGGAGAAUUCGAUCUCGCGUCACUCGUCACUUCUUGACCUCAACCCUAUUCCCCUCGCCCCGCAUCUCGCUUCCGACUAUUAGCCCCUCAAUGUCGCGGUCGUGGGGAAUCUCUAGUCAGCCGUCGGAGAAGGGAAAAGCAAAGGGAGCCGGGAAGGCGUCCACGCCGUUUCUCGACCUCACCCUCUCCCCUUCUCCUGAGCCCCUACCAGGGCGGCUAACACAACUCCCAAUAGCCCGCGCAAAGAGAGAGACUCCGUCGACCAUAAAAGUAGAUGGCAUAUUCCAACGCCCAAUCCAAGCCUCCGCUCCUCGGACUGGCCAGCAUACGCGACUCAAUCCCGACAAACGCAUCAAUCCCGAUCGCCUUGCGACAAUCAUCGAUGCCGCUGACCCAAAGGCCUUCAGGGAUGUGGUUCUCUAUCUAUGCAAACUCUCGCCGGCGCUUUCGGGAGCAAUAGCCCGUGGACUCGCACAGUACCCGACCUCUGCUCAGCCCACGAUCGCGAAUCACCGGCACCGACCAGCUAAUCCGUCAAAUGCAAUGCCAUCCCUAGACAGUUCAUAUCUAUCGGGCGACGAUUCCAGCCUGCCUGGAAGUCCGCAGGCCGACGUCUACGCCGAACCAGAGUACGCAAGCCCUGCGCUGUCCGAUGCCAGUUCCUCGUCAGCAUUCUCGACUCGUUCCUCGCGCGAUUCUUCGACCCGACCGCCCCUCCAAAGCCUUAAGCCGCCUUCACGUUCGCUUCCGCACUCGAGCCACAAUGCCGAUCUCCGCAAAUCGGCCUCUCAUCCCCUGUUUAAACCCGCCGCCGCAAGGCCUUCGCACACUCAGCAGCCGACUCGGAAAGUGUGCAGACAAUGCAACAAUCAUUUCAAUGAGGGUGUUGAGGACAUCUGUAACUACCACCCCGGCCAGAAACAAGAUGCAGGGGAUAUGUUUGGGCGCCCUAUGUCAGUGUGGACAUGCUGCAAGAGGCAGUAUUGGGAGCCCGGCUGUGCAGAAAGCUCUCACGUUGCCCACGUUGCUCCCGUCAAGUUUGGGGCACCAUCGAAUCCUUCCUUCCUCAAGCGCCAAAACCCGAGUGGAUCGUCCUUCUCCUCCGGUACCUCGAAAACCCCAAGGCUUCUCUAGACAAGGCGAUGUUCCACCUUGCGGAACCGCCAAUACGAAACUUGCUGGAUCCAGGACGUUUUCUUGGCGGCAUUCUGCUCUCGAAACCGAUGCAAGGGCAUAGUGGGUUUUCUCUUGAUAUAUUGGCUAUUUUGGGGAGGUUUUCUGUUUCUAAGGGUUGGUUAUGAUAUCAUCGCGCUCGGAGCAAUUGGAUGAUCUCAAAUUUAGUGCCGCGCAUUUUUAGGCUAGACUGCCCAGGCGUAUCUAGAUACCAUCUACAACUAUUCCUAGCGUUACAUCGUCGUUUUCACACUAUUAAAUCAUUACUAUAUCUCAAGAUUUCUGUCAAGAUUUCCAGCACCUUGAC